AAUGCAGUCAUUGCCAGGGCUGGACUCCUCACUUUUCUUAGAGGUGUGAUUCUUGUUAUCCCUUUCCCUUUCCUCACCAAGCGCCUGCCAUACUGCAGGGGCAAUGUCAUACCUCACACUUACUGUGACCACAUGUCUGUGGCCAAGAUAUCCUGUGGCAAUGUUAGGAUCAAUGCUGUCUAUGGUUUAGUGGUUGCCCUUCUGAUUGGGGGCUUUGAUAUCUUGUGCAUAACAAUCUCCUACACCAUGAUCCUUCGAGCAGUUGUGAGUCUCUCAUCAGCAGAUGCCCAGCAGAAGGCCUUCAGCACAUGCACUGCCCACAUAUGUGCCAUUGUCAUCACCUAUGUCCCAGCCUUCUUCACCUUCUUUACUCACCGGUUUGGGGGACACACUAUCCCUCCACACAUACACAUUAUUAUGGCUAAUCUGUAUCUGCUCAUGCCUCCCACAAUGAACCCUAUUGUGUAUGGGGUGAAAACCAAACAGAUACGAGAAAGUGUCAUUAGAUUCUUGCUUAAGGGAAAAGACAGUUCUCAUAACAUUUAA